AUGGCAGACCUGCCUUCGGAUGAUGAACAUGGUCCAGAGAUCAAAACAGGUCCAGAUCUCUUGGCUUUGACCCACAAGGCCAUUCCUGAUUUCAAGACCCCGACUCCAGCCCGGAAGCGCCUUGAAUUCCUGGAUGAUCAGCUCUCUUCUGAGAAACCCGUCAAAUGCUGUGCGAAACUUUGCAUCCACCACUACCGGGCAAAUUCUGACAGAGUGAAGAACAUUGAGGACAUCCGGAAGCAAAUGAAUGACCUCAACCAAGAGGAGACUAACCGCUUUGUGCUGGGACUUCUGCAAAAGCUUGGGUCUGACAACCGAGAAAAUGUCUUGCGAUUGCUACCUGGGAUCUCAUCGAAUGCAAUUCCGGUUGACCAAAGGAAGUACAACGGGCGUGCACCAACUGCCAAGAGUGCGGAAGUGAACAUGGGAGUGGAUGCAAAGGUGGUGGAGGAGAAGCUGGAGGAGAGGGAGGAGGAGAAGAAGGAGGUGGAGGAUGAGGAGGAGGAGGAGGCGGAGGAGGCAGAACCAUUGGCUCAAACCCCACCGCUUGAAGAACUUCAAGGAGCAGCGAUGUGCACAUCUGGCAUUUUCUUGCCCAGUGAAACAUCUUCAGAUUUGCCACCUUCGUUCUUGGAUGGGCAGCCUGUCCACUCAGAGCAAGCCUUGGCAUCUGCCAAUGCAAGUGCCCCACUUGCUGCUACUAUGCGGGAGGGUUCUGGGGCUGCAGAUUGCAAGAGGUGCUCCAUCUGUGCAGAGUUCAGCGCCCGGUGCAAGCGAGCGACCACAGAGUCGGAGCGGUCCAAGCUGGAGAGCAACCAGCGCCAGCAUUUGACCAACAUCCAGCAGUACCGCCUCAUACAGAAUAGGUUGGAUGUGCUCAGUGUGCUGGAAGGCUACCUGCUCUUGGAGCCCGAUCUUGCCAAAGAUGCCUCGGCAGAGGUGACAGUGCUGCUCAAAGCCAUCGAUUGGGCUGAGGACUUCGUGGAGGUGAUCUUGCAGAAUGUCAAACCGGCUCGUGGGAGGAAGUUGAAGGCUGAACUCCUUCCGGGUGCAUUAGAUUUCAAGAGCUAUGUUCACCAACUUGGGGUUGAGGUGGCAGGUUUGGUGCACACUGGCUAUGAUGUUGGUGAUGCCACCCAUUGCUGGCGCUUCAUUCGCCGAAGUGACCUGCCAGUCUAUGAUGAUGCAACUGAUGAAUCGUGGGUGCCUGCGGAAAUCUCCGGUGAGGACUACAAGCAUCAUCCUAGUGACUGUAUCCUGCUCGUGAAACACCUUGUCAACUCUCCAUCGCUUUCGCAGUCUCCAAUGGUUCUCCUUCCAAUGGAAUUCCAUAAGCUCUUGAAGAAGGGAGUUGAAGCGUUACCCAGGAAGCUGAUAGCUGACCGGGCCAAGAAAGAGUGGGAAAAGUUUGCACCAGGCCCAGUGAAGAAAGUCACAAUCACUCACAAUCACCCUGAUGCCUUGCCCAAGCCAAAGGGGCGCCCCAGAAAACGCCCAGCAGAGUCAACCAUUGUCAAGCCAAAGGAUGAUGGUGAAAUGGUUUUUGGACACCGUUCCAAAAAACGUGGCCCGGUGGUUCCACCCCCAGAAGAUGGCAAUGCUGAUGAUGUUCUUGGUGAUGCUGAGCCAAGUCCUCCUGUUGAUGUUGAGCCUAACCCCUCUGCCAGUUCUGGGGUUGCCCGUCCCUCUUGGCCUACCAGAGCCACUUUUGCGGGGAGGAAAAAACCCACUGACAAGGAAGCGGCCAACUUGUUUGAUUCCCGUCGUGAAAAGUUCUAUCAGUUGGCCCCUAGCACCCUGUGGCGUGAUGGCAAAGAACGGGAGUACUGGAAAUUAUGUGUGCAGUUUGAUUCCUGUGACAAAGGGAUUACCGAAUUCUUGAAGAAAGAAGGUGUUUGCCCUGAUCCCACUCCCCUGCCCCCUGGUCAUGGUCGAGCUGCUGGUCGUGGGAAGGGAAAGGGCAAAGGCCGCGGUCGUGGCAGUGCGAAGUCGGUGAAGCCCAAUGCCAAGGAGCCUGGCAGAAAGCGCUCUCGUGGCAAGGCGAGUCUCAAGAACUAA